AUGAACACACGAUAUCUUUUUCUCACCUUGCAACUGCUCUUGCUCGACAUCUCAGCACACAUUCUCAAUCUUCGUGACGACCAACAAACACCACCAUCCCCAACCUCACCUCCCACCCUCGCAUCCGCACAACUGAAAGACAACCCCUCCUGUCUCAUCCUCGGGGAAGCCCUCGCAAUAUGCGGAUCCCUCACAAGCAACUUCAAAGACCUCGAUCCCAGUUCGCAAGCUCACUGUCUCUGCUACUCUAGCACCGCGUGGGCACCCUCACUCUUCGACUCGGCGGUCAAAUCGUGUGCUGCGUUCGCCUCGGAGAGCGCCACAUCUGCGUACUCGGCUCUCGCUAAUAUCGAGGGGUUCUGCACGGGGAUUGGGGAUGUGGCGAGACCGGCGAGUAAUGUUGCGACGACUACUUGGGCGCUGGCUACGACUACUCCGGCGGUGGUACUGUCGGCGUGUGGUGCGAUGAGGAGUUUGGAGGGGGGGUGUGCGGUGGCGUCGCCGGGGUUUGCGAUGAUGGAUAAUUGGGCGAAGGCGAGGUGUCUUUGUUACUCACCUGCUGGGUCUUGGGCCCCGGCUGUUUUUGAUGAUGCGGUUGAUGCGUGUAAUCGUGUUGCGAGGACUGCGGCCCCGGGGACUUUUGCUACUGUGGCUGCGUGGGAGGGGUUUUGUGGGAAUAUGGGGGAUGUCAUUCAUGGGUCUGCUGGUCUUGUGUUGACGCCUGCUUUGACUGGAUCACUCGUUACGAGUUCGGGACUACUCUCUCCUGUACCCUCAGAGACCAGUCCAAUUGGAAUCCCAACAACGUCACCAGAUCCCUCCAUCCUCAGCGAGAUAACCGUCAUCCCCGUCCCUAUACCAACACCCACACCCAUCCCUUCCCCCACCUCCUCCCCACCAUCCAACUCGGACUCCAACCUCCCAACCUCCAUCCUCGUAGCGAGCUCCUCGCCCUCAACACACACCACCCUCACCACACCCACACACAAACCAACCAGCAACACGAAAAGCAACGCGCAGUCGCAGAACUUCUCGACGGCGGCGGGGAGCCAGACCAUACCUGAGGUUCCGAGGGUCGAGGUCAUUGUGGUGAGUUUGGUGUGUGCUAGUGUGCUGUUUUUUUUAUGCUAG